GGAGAGGAGAAGGAAGGUGCAGAUGAGUAAAUUGGGAAGGUUAUUGAACAUGUCUGCUGUUCCCUCCACCGCCCAAGAGGAGUCCCAGAGGAACAUCCAAUUCCAUGCGCAUGCAGUCUCCACCAUCUUCACGGCACUCCUAAUCAUCUCCUUCCCGUUGUUGCUGCUCUUCUACCUCCGCCGCCGCCAGAAGGCCAACAAGGAAUCCAGCAGUCUCCGCCUUGCACCCGGCCCGCCGGGCUUCCCAAUCAUCGGUAACCUCCACCAGAUCGGCGACCUCCCCCACCGCUCCCUCCACCAACUCUCCCUUGCCUACGGCCCCAUCCUCCGCCUCCGGCUAGGGAGCGUCACCGCCCUCGUCGUAUCCUCCCCCGCCCUCGCCCGCGACGUCUUCAAGACCAACGACCUCGCACUCUGUUCCCGCCCUAACCUCGCGAUCUGGCGGCGCCUCUCCUACGGCGGCCUCGAAGUCGCUCUCUCCCCCUACUCCCCCCGCUGGAUCCGCGCGCGCCGGCUCUUGGUCGUCCACUUCCUCGCCCCGCGCCAGAUCCGAGGCCUCGCCGCCUCGAUGGAGGAGGAGGUGCGCACCCUGAUGAACACCGUGGCCGCCGCCGCCGCGUCCGGGCGCACGGUCGACCUCAGCCAGAGUCUGAUCUGUUUGGUGUGCUCCAUCAUGUGCCGGGCAGUGUUCGGGAAGAGGUUCACGCAGGCGGGAGAAUGCUCGAUGAAGGGCAUGAUAUUUCGGACGGCAGAGCUUUUGGGGGGGUUCGUCGCCGGGGAUUUCUUCCCGUGGGCUCACCGCUGGCUCAACGCCGUCACGGGAGUGCAUGGGAGGCUGGAGAGGAACUUCAAGGAGUGGGACAACUUGUUCGAAAGGGAAAUUAAAGAGCGGGAACGCGACGUCACCGGCGACGGUGACGACGGCACCUAUCCCGGUGUUCUCGUGCGCUUACUCAGAGAGGAACAAAAUAUCAACGAAGGCGGCCUCACGAGGGACGGCGUCAAAGCUCUUCUCCUGGACUUGAUGUUUGGCGCAACGGACACAAUGGCGGCGACAAUGGAAUGGGCCAUGGCGGAGCUAGUGAGGACUCCUCGAGUGCUCGCUAGAGCUCAGGAGGAAGUUCGCCGAGUGGCGGCCGGAAAAAGCUACGUCGACGAGGGGGACCUUCUGCGGCUCAGCUACCUGCACGCCGUCGUGAAGGAGAUCCUCCGACUCCACCCGGUCGCCCCUCUGAUGCCCCACGAGUGCCAACAGCACUGCAAGGUCGGUGGCUACGACGUCGCCGCCGGCACUAGAAUCUACGUCAACGCAUGGAGCAUCGGACGAGAUGCAGACGCAUGGGAUAAGCCUGAGGAGUUCCGGCCCGAGCGGUUCGAGGGUAGCUCUGUCGACUACCUUGGGCAGUGCUUCGAGCUGGUGCCGUUCGGCAGCGGCCGGAGGAUCUGUCCCGGGAUAUCGUUGGCACAGUCAGUUAUGUGGCUUACACUGGGCAAUCUCUUGCACAGCUUCGACUGGACAUUGCCGGAGGGAGUGAGAAGGGAGGAUCUGGACAUGAGCGAGGUGUUUGGGCUCGUCGUUAGCAAGAAGGAGCCGCUAGUGCUGAUGACAACUCCGGUGAAGUUACUUUAAUUGUAUUACGUCUUAAAUAAUUAAAUAAAUAUAUAAACAUAUGUAUUACGCUAGAAUUUACUGACAGAAUUUCAAUUCCGUCAGAGUUUAAAAAAAAAUAGACAUGUAGCGGCUUGAAUUACGCUAGAUCUUGUUUACAAUUUUCAUAUAUAAAUAAACCAUCAUAGUUGAUCUUAGAA